GUAUGUCAUCUCCUGGGUCAAGCUUGCUCGGUCCCAGCUCCUGCCAACCACCUAGCGGUUCAAAAGUACGUCAAAGUGCAAGUAGAUAAAUAGGUACCACUCCGGUGGGAAAGUAAACGGUGUUUCCGUGCGCUACUCUUGUUCGCCAGAAGUGGCUUAGUCAUGCUGGCCACAUGACCCGGAAGCUGUACGCCGGCUCCCUCGGCCAGUAAAGCGAGAUGAGUGCCACAACCCCAGAGUCAGUCAUGACAGGACAUAAUGGUCAGGGGUCCCUUUACCUUUAAGAGACAUACUGUAUGUUUCAUGAUAUAUGCAAGGCUCUGCAGAAAUAAAUCUGAGGGGCAGUCUAAAAUCAAUACUUUUUAAACUUGACGGUUAAACCCCAUUUGUCAAAUUUUCAGAGUUUCUUUUCUGAUGAUUCUCUGACACAGAUAAUAUUGGCUUCCUGAAAAUCAUGGUUUGCUCGUACGCCCUUUAGAGGGCGUAGGAACAUAAACCUUCCAAGUCUAAGAACACUGAAAAGCCAGAAGGGCCAAUCUGGCCCAGUAUCCUGUUCUUAUAGUGGUCAUCCAGAUACCCGGUAGGAAACCCAUGUCUGAUACCUAAUUUGCAGUUUGGAGGAGUUGAGCAUAGUGAAUACCACAUGAUGGUAUUGCCUUGAGGCAGCCUGGCAUUUCUCUUUAUUGAAUGUCGGCCAGCUGAGGUGUUGACCCACUCCUAGCUUUUGCAUGCUUGACAUGCCAUACUUUCGUUGCAGAUAAAUGGCAUUGCACUAGAUAAUAAAUCACUGACUGAAUGUGAAGCCAAAACAACAGAAGUCCACUUUCUUUUUUAAUAUUAAAAAUAACCUUUAUUAUACAACAAUUAACAUAUAAACUUAAACAGUACAUACAAUAUAUAUACCUACAUCAACAUAAGCACACCCUAGACGUUAACUUAACAUAACACCCCUUUUAACUUCCGAUUCACCUUAUUGAACUUUUUACAUUUUGUUAAUCGAUAUGCAUUUCAUUAUUGUUUUAUUUUCCCAUUAUUUAUCGAAAAAAAUUGUUAUAUACUUUUUCUACGUUUCAAGAUUCCGUCUAAGUCUGUCAGGGGAUUUGCAUUAUCACAAUAAUUUCUAAGGUAUUCUUUAAACAUUAUCCAGUCUUCACUAAAUUUCUGAUUUGAAUUUCCUCUUAUUGUCCCAGUCAUUUUUGCGAGUUGUAGAUACUCUAUCAUUUUUGCUUGCCAGUCCAUUUUGGUGAGGAUAUUGUCGCCUUUCCAAUUCUUUGCUAUUAAGAUCCUAGCCGCUGUGGUUACGUACAUAAACAGGGGUCUGAGAUUAUUAUUUUUUAAUUUCCCUGGACAUAAUAUCUAACAAAGGCUUCAGGUGUUGUUUUAUUAAUGAGAAUUUGAAGAUCUUUUUAAGUUCAUUAUAUAUAGUGUCCCAAAAUUUUCUUACCCUCUUACAUUCCCACCACAUGUGCCUACCCUGGUUUUACAUCUCCAACAAACAUCUGAACUAUUCUUGUACAUCUUGACCAAUUUGGCUGGGGUUAGGUACCACCUGUUUAACAUCUUCAUCAUAUUUUCUCAAAGACUGUAACAUGCGGUGAACCUUAUGUCUACCCUCCACAGCCUUUCCCAUUCAUUCAUUCAUUCAUUCAUAUACUGUGUCCAACAUCCUGAGCCCAACGUACCAUAACUGAUUUCCCCUCCUCCUCCUUGACUUCCCAGUCGAAGAGGAGGUUAUACAUCUUUGGUAAAUAUUUCCCUUUGGGCUGAAUGAAAUUCUCUUCUAACUUUGAUGUUUCUUGAGCAAACCCUUUUUGUUCACCCAUGCCUAAUAUUUCAUUAAUUUGGGAGUAUUGAAGUCAAUCAGUCAAAUGAAAACAAAUUUCUUCAAAAAUUUUUAAAUUCAAUUUGUUGUUUUUCUCUUCUAAUAACAUCUUGUACAAUGCCCAGUUUCCCUUCGUAUUUUUCUUCUUCACACCUAACGCGUCUAUAGGUGAAAUCCACUGGGGGGUUUUGGGUUCCAGUAGUUCUCUAUAUUUACUUCAUAUUUUAUAUAAAGAUUUUCUUAUUAUAUGGUUUAGAAACCCUUUGUGGACUUUCACCUUAUCAUAGGCUAGGUAGGUGUGCCAACCGUAGCGGUUAUCAAACCCCUCCAUGUCCAGCAAGUCUGUAUCUUUUAGUAUCAUCCAUUUGCGGAUGCAGGUCAGCCCUGCUGCCUCAUGACAUAGUUAAAGGUCCGGUAAGGCAAAAUCUCCUCUCUCCUUCCGGUCUAUAAGCAGUUUGUGUUUUAUUCUGGGCUUCUUCCCAUUCCAAAUAAAUCUUGCAAUGUCUCUCUGUCAGCUUUUAAAACAAUUCAUUCCCCCUAGGACCGGAAUGGUCUGAAACAAAAAGACCAUUCUCAGCAGGACAUUCAUUUUCACUAUUGAUAUUCUACCCCAGAAGGAGAGAUGGAGUCUACUCCAACUUUCUAAGUUUCUCUUUACUUCGUUCCAAGUUUUCACAUCAUUAUCUUGAAAUAGAUUAAUCCAUUUUGCCAUUAGCCAUAUGUCUAAGUACUUGACUUAAAAAAAAAGUCCAGCCCUGUAAUUUCCUGUAAUUCAUUUUAUUCAUUAAUUCCCAUAUUUUUAACCAACAAGUUGGUUUUCUUAUAAUUUAUUUUAAAUCUGGACAUGUGUCCAAAUUCAUUUAUUAAUUCCUUUGCUUUUGGGGUGCUUUCUCGGGUUAUCGGUGGUUAAUAUUAGCUAUUCGGCAUAAGCGCUUGCUUUAUAAGAUUUCUCUCUGACCACAAUCCCCUUUAUUUUUUCCUCUUUCCUUAACAACAGAAGUCUACUACAGAAGUCCAGAGGCCUCGGACUCCUAGGAUGGGCGUAGGAGCCUUCUUAUAUUUCUCUCAGCCCUCCAAAAGGGAAACCAUUUCACUGAUGAAGGUGAGUGUUGAAGGGGAUGGGAGGUAAAAGGAAGUAAAAGAUGCACCUUUCAUUUUAAAACAUGGGCUUACUUGCAUCUGUGCAUAGCACAGCAGUGGCACUUGGCCCAAGAUAAUGAUCAACAUUGCUGCUGCAGAAACAGAAAAAUUCUCUGUGUACAAAAAGCCAAAACAACGGAAGACCGUCUUUGAUCUGACUCCUCCUAAGAUGGACUACCUGUCUCCCAAUCAGGUCUUGGGACAUUUGCCCAAAUGACUUUGGUUUUAAAAGCAUGGAAGAGCCCAAAAUGAAAAGGCCAAGGCACAAGUCUGCUCCUGCUUUGAGACAUAAUAAUAAUAAUUAUUAUUAUUAUUAUUAUUAUUAUUAUUAUACCAUGCCCAUCUGGCUGGGUUUUCCCAACUAUUCUGGGCGGCUUCCAACAAAAGAUUAAAAUACAGUGGUCUGUUCAACAUUAAAACUUCCCUAAACAGGGCUGCCUUCAGAUGUCUUCUAAAGGUCUGGUAGUUGUUCUUCUCUUUGACAUCUGGUGGGAGGGUGUUCCACAUGGUGGGUGCCACCACCGAGAAGCCCCUCUGCAUGGUUCCCUGUAACUUGGCUUCUCGCAGUGAGGGAACCGCCAGAAGGCCCUCGGUGCAGCACCAACACUUUGAAUUGUGCUCGGAAACGUACUGGGAGCCAAUGUAGAUCUUUCAAGACCGGUGUUAUGUGGUCUCGGCAGCUGCUCCCAGUCACCAGUCUAGCUGCCGCAUUCUGGAUUAGUUGUAGUUUCCUGGUCACCUUCAAAGCUAGCCCCACGCAGAGCGCAUUGCAGUAAUCCAAGUGAGAGAUAACUACAGCAUGCACCACUCUGGCGAGACAGUCCGCAGGCAGAUAGGGUCUCAGCCUGCGUACAAGAUGGAGCUGGUAAACAGCUGCCCUGGGCACAGAAUUAACCUGCGCCUCCAUGGACAGCUGUGAGUCCAAAAUGACUCCCAGUCUUCGCACCUGGUCCUUCAGGGGCACAGUUACCCCAUUCAGGACCAGGGAGUCCUCCACACCUGCCCGCCUCCUGUCCCCCAAAAACAGAACUUCUGUCUUGUCAUGAUUCAACCUCAAUCUCUUAGCCGCCAUCCAUCCUCCAACCGCCUCCAGACACUCACACAGGACCUAAAUUAACCCCUGUGCCUAUUCCUAAUCCACCUCAUUAGGUAGAUAUGGGAACAUGAAGAGUGGGUCCUGGCACAUACUUUCCAAAGAGAUUUAUUUGUGUGGCGUACCUUUUCUGCAUCAAGGCAAAGAGCAAAAGAAAAAGGUGAACUGGUUUUCCCAGGUCUAUGCUUAAGAUCCCGGGAAUUGGAAGUUGAAAUGAAGUGGAACGUUUGUGGGGCAGUUCCACAUGUGGUAGUUGCCGUUACGAGGAAGCAGAACCCCAUAAUGCAGGAGUGGCCCAUCAACAACCUGUAGUCAAGAUCCAAGGCACUUUAUAUUUGAGCCCUUGGCUGAACUUCCAAUUUCUAAUCUAAUUAUGAUAGAUUAACUCACAGUUCCACUUGUAGGGUGGGAUGCAUCAAACUGUAAGCAGAAGCUAUCCUCCAUUUUGAUAUUACGUCUUACUGGUUUGCCUGUAAAUAGGAAUUUGUAUACGUUGGGAUGCAUUGGCAAGCCUGAGCACAUGCGCUGAAUAACUGGAAAGCCCUUGUUGCUGUGCGUGCCAUGAAACCUGCCGUGUGCCUCUUUAAUUUGGUGGCUGACCUCAGGUGUGGUGGAAGACACUGUCCCAUCACCAGUGUUGAAAGAAAACUCAAUGUCUAGGCCAAUCAACAUCUGGAACCCCUCUGUGAAUCUAGAUGUCGGUCAUCCCUGCCAUACCUGAUACCAGAAUAAUGACUUUGGGUUGAAAGAGUGUGUGAUUCUGAACUUUCCCCACAGGUACAAAAAUGCACACCAGGAAGUGGUUCACGGCCGUAUAUGAUAAGACUUGGUAAGUGGCAUUUUGGAUUGGAUGGGAUGGGAAGGGUCCCGUUUUUAAGAACAAAAAGGCUGGAGUAAGGAGUGUAGAACCCUUUCUUCCAAUGCUUUUCUCCCACCCAGUUGCGCACGGUUCCACUAUCUGAGCUCAGCAGAGGAGGAAAGCAUUUGGGAGAAGGAUAGCAGGGAGGGGACAAUGGUGCCCCACUCCUUACCCAUGCAUUCCUUUUGGUUUUUUAUUCUUUAAAAAAAGAUGUCCCCCGUGAGAUUGAUAUAUCUCCAUUUAACUACCAGAGGAUGCAGUUAGAUUUGUCUCUGAAAUAAUAAAGCUUGUUCCAGAGGAUCACUUUAUAUUACUUACAGUAGAAAUCUUGCAGAUAACUUGAAAUUCAGGGCCUAAAGGACUUUCCCCCCUCUUUCUUAUUAAGCCUGACUUUUUCCUUUUGUAUUUUAAAGCAGGUUCAUCCAUAACCAUAAAAUAUAAAAAAGAAGGUGUGAAAAUACCCUGGACACCCAAAUACCCCAAGACUGGCUCCAAUAGGGGUAAUAUAUAUAUUUAUAUUAUUUCUUUUUUGGGAAUUACUGCAUGAAUGGAGAGUUUUGUGUUCUAGCUAGUAGAUUUUUGUCCAUGUUUAGGGCAGGGUACCCUCCCUCCUUUUGGUGGGGGGGGGGACACAUUUGGAAAUCUAAGAAUACUAUUUAGGAAAACCUUUCCGUACUUAAGUAGGUCAGUAAGUUUUCCACUUACAGAGCAGUCAGAUCAAAUUGUCGAGAUUUUAUGAUGGCAUUGAUUUUUUCUUCAAAGUGGUAAUUAAAUAAUAUAGAAUCAGUAAUGGUAUUCCUAUCCACCCUGACUUGAACUCGACAAAUAUCUUGCGCUACAGAUCCAAUAAAUCUGGGGGGGGGGGGGGCGUGUUCAAAUUUCAAAAAGCAAUAUGAAGUUAAAUGGGGAAAUCUAUACUUAUUUCCUCAGCCAGAAUGUGCUGCUGAAUGCAUGUGUCUUCCUCCUCCUCCUCCCACAGUUUAA